AUGGCCGUGGUGAAGGAGCUGGUCGAGAAUUCUUGGACGCCCGGAGCCACCAGCAUCGAGGUGAAACUGGAGAACUACGGCCUGGAGAAGAUCGAAGUGCGUGACAACGGGCAGGGAAUCCGUGCGGUGGACGCGCCCGUCAUGGCGGUCCAGGCACUACACUCCAAGAUCAGCAGCCACGAGGACCUGGACCAACUGACCACCUACGGCUUCCGCGGGGAGGCCCUGGGCUCCGUGUGCUGCAUCGCGCGAGGUUUUGAUCAGACAAAGACAGCGGCGGACAACUUCAGCACCCAGUAUGUUUUGGACAGCAGCGGCCACGUCACUGCGCAGAAACCACACCUCGGACAAGGGACCGUCACGGUCCUGCGACUGUUCAAGACUCCCGUGCGGAAGCAGUUCUUCUCCACGGCCCAGAAGCGCAAAGAGGAGCUGAAGCGCGUGCAGUCCAUCCUCAUGGCUAUGCUCCUCAAGCCCCAGCUCAGGGUCGUCUUCACGCACAAACAGGCCGUGGUGUGGCAGAAGAGCAGAGUGUCGGACCAUAAAAUGGCCCUCAUGUCCAUCUUGGGGAAAGCCGUCAUGGACAACCUGGCACCUUUCCAGUACCAGUCCGCGGACUCAGAGAUGAGUCUGAGCGGAUUUCUCCCCAAGCCCGACGCGGACCACUCCGUGACAAGCUUGUCCACCGCAGAAAGAAGUUUCCUGUUCAUCAACAGCCGCCCAGUGCGCCAGAGAGACAUCUUAAAGGUCAUUCGCCAGUACUGCGGUCGCCGGGGCCAGAAGGAGACCACUCACCUUUACCCCGUCUUCUUCGUCAACAUCGUCGUGCCCGCGGCGUCGGUCGACGUCAACCUGACCCCUGAUAAGAGUCGUGUGUUCCUGCAAAACAAGGAGUCCGUGCUGCUGGCUGUGGAGACGGUGCUGGCAGGCUGGUACGGGCCACUCCCUGGAGCCUGCGGGGCUGACGAAGCUUCUCCCGAUCCGCUCCCGGACGGAGCUGGGCUCCCAGCCGGGCCUUGCGACCGAGAGGGAGAACCAGCUGGUCCCCCCACCCCCUCUGAGCUCCCUCGGGCUGGCCCGGGGGCAAACCUGCAAACCACCAGACCGGCCUGCUCCAGGCAUCCUGCCGCCAGGGACAGUGCUCCUCCUGACGGCAUUCCUCCCGAUAACACUCCUCCCGACAGCCCUCUUCUCAAUGGUGCUCUUUCCGACGGUCAUCCUCCUGAUGGCGCUUCGCCUGAUAUCAUCCCUCCCGACAGCCCUCCUGCUGGCAGCGCUCUUCCCGACGAUGCUCCUCCCAGUGGCACUCCUCUUCACAGUGCUCCUCCAGAUGACCCUCUUCCCGGUAGCAUUCUUCCCAGUGACGCGCUUGCCGGCGAUGUUCUUCCGGACGACUGUCUUCCCGGUGACUCCCUUCCCAGCCACACUCUUCCUGGCAUUGGGCGAGACAGUCGUGACAGUCCUGAUCCCCCGCAAGGGGGCACCCAGGGGGAGCCGGGCAGGGGGGCGGGGAGCCCCGCGGGACCCCCGGAGUCCACAGAGGGGUCCGGCCCAGGGACCGAGGCCUGGAGUAAGGGCUCCUCCUUUUGGAGCCGGACAGGGACGAAGCUGGAGCCGGUCAGGAUCCUGGGCCCGCAGGCCGGAGGCGAAGCGGCCGGGCCAGGCGGGGGAGGCGGUGUGGUGGACCGCAAGCACGGACACCUCACCGCCUAUGACCUGAUCAGCGGCCGCACGGUCAGGAAGCCACUGUCCGCCAAGGACCUGUUUGAGCGGGAGCAGCGGGCCCGGCUGGCGGAGGAAGAGGCGGGGGCCAGCGCUGACCGGGUCGCCCAGCUGACCGAAGACCUGUGGGCCGUGGCCACGGGGGACGAGCGGGAGAGGUUCGAGGCGGCAGCGGCCAGAGAACUGGAGCGCUACAACCAGCAGAUCCGCCGAGCUCAGGAGCGGGGGCCCCGCGUCGCGUCCCGAUCCACCCGCCCGACCCUGCGGCCCGGCCUGAAACCGGUCCCGUCCGGUCAGCGCCGGUUGCCGGAGCUCCUGAAGCCCCAGGACCGGCAGAGGGAGCGGCAGGGGGCGGGCCGCGCGCCCGGCGUCCGCACCGUCCACGUGCCCUUCUCCAUGGCCGCCCUGAGGCGGGCGUCGGCACGGGCGACGGGGGCGGACGGCGGGGAGGGGACGGACCUGUGCCUGCUGGAGCCCCUGGGGCUCCCGGACGCCUGGGUGGCCGCCUCGGGCAGCGCGGUGAGGCUGCUGAACCCCUGCCGCGUGCAGGAGGCGCUGCUGUUCGCCAGGUUGCUCGACACCCACCGCCUCCCCACCGAGCCCCUGGAUGCCCCCAUCGUGCUCUCGGAGAGCCUUCUCGGAGGCCGCCGGGUGCUGGACGUCCUUCGGGAGAUGCCCACGGGUGGACGACGGGUCGACGGGUCGACUUCACUGACCGAUCCACGUCUUGUAGCGAACGGUUUCGAGAUCAGACUGAUUCCAGGGCCGUCGGCUGAAGAAGAUCGCCUGGAGAUAGAGGGGCUGGCCAGCUGCCUGCCCUUCUACGGGGUCUCGGACCUCAAGGAGAUCCUGGGCGCCGUGCUGGCCGGAGAUGCCCAGGAGCUGCGUCAGUGCCGGCCACGCAAAGUGGUCAACUACUUACAGGGAGAAGCGGUGCGCCUGUCCCGCCAACUGCCCCUUCACCUGUCCAAGGAGGACGUGCUGGACACGAUGGCCAGGAUGAAAGACCAGCUCGGGAGCGAGACCCAGACCUGCGUCCACGGCCGACCGUUCUUCCAUCACUUGGCGGAUAUCCCGCGGGCCGCUGAACCGGACCUGCCUGAGGCGGAUGUCCCCGUCGUCCAGUGACUUGCCCCCUCCGGAGCAGAUGUCCAUGUCAUCGGGUGACACGUCCCUGUCCGGGGUAGAUGUUCCCACAGUCCAGUGACAUGUCACCAGCUGAAGCACAUGUCCCCGCUGUCCAGUGACAUGUCCCCUGCCGGAAUGGAAGUCUGCACCGUCCGACGCCACGUCCCUGGCUGGAGCGGAUGUCCACGCGGCCCAGCGACGUGCACCCGGCCGGGGCGGAUGGUCCCAUGGUCCAGUGACACGUCCCCGGCCUGGGCGGAUGUCCCCGCAGGUCCAGUGACACAUCCCCGGCCGGAGCGGAUGUCCAUGUGGUCCACCGAUGCGCCCCCGGCCGGGGCGGAUGUUCCAACGGUCCAGUGACGUGUCCCCAGCUGGGGCAGAUAACCCCACUGUCCAGUGACAUGAGCCCGCACAGGGCAGAUGACCAGGCGGUCCAGCUGUCUGGGGGCUGGGCUCUUGUCACCGAUAGGGGUUGGAGUUCCCAGUUUUAGACUUUUCUAAGGCAGGUGGCUUCUCCGGCGGGACCUGGCCCAGCCUGCCCUGUUCUGCCUUGCCCUGGCCUGCCCUGCCCUGCCCUGCCCUGCCCUCUUCUGCCCUGACCUGGGUUACUGUUUUGAUAAAUAAAGAUUCAGCCAAGGA